GCCGGACUCUGUCGAGGGGAGGGGAAGGGGAGAGAAGGUCAUGGGUCACCACCGUCACAGCUCCUGUGACGGCCGUGGCCAGCUGACGAUGACAUAUGAACAGUGCUACCUGCGCCGAGUGUGAAGUCAUAGACAUCAGUAAUGGAAAUGUGUUGAUUUGUGGUGCGUCAAGUAAAAUCAAGUUCAGCCUGCUGGUGGACUUUGAACGGACUGAAGUGCGUCUCUGCUGGCGUUUGAGAUGGCCGCCCCAGUCAAAGGUGCCUGCUGUCUGCUGCUACUGCUGUCAGUGAUGACGUCACCAGCGCAGGCCGACAUCCCGGACGGUCUGGGUCUGCGUCUGCUGGCACAGCUCACACCCGACCUGUCACAGAACCAGGCCAUAUCGCCCUUUGUGAUCUCCAGUCUUCUGACGCAGAUCUGGCUGGCGGCGGCCGGAAAAACUCGCAAAGAGAUAGCCAAAGCGCUUGGACUCAAAGGAUCUAAUAAGACGGCCAUCGCCUACAACUUCUUACCGUCCUACCGUGACGCCAUAGAGGGCUUUUCCUCACAGACCAACGGCGCUGAGACGGGCGUCAUGAACCAAAUCUACGUCCGGAAGGGCGUGUCGGCCAGCAGCAGCUUCGCUCAGCUGGUCCGCAUCAUCUACAACUGCACCAUCAGACAGUUCGCCUCCAGCUCCCAGGCCGCGGCCGAAAUCAACGCCGAGGUCGCCCGGGUGACCUGGGGUCGGAUCCAGCAGCUGGUGGACUCCACAUCGCUGGAGGGGCUCAGCGUGGCGCUGGUCAGCGCGCUCUACUUCAAGGAUCAGUGGCAGUGGGCCUUCGAAAGGCGGCCAGAGUUGAAUUUCGUCACCGCCUCUGGCUUGAAGAAGGUGGCGAUGAUGGAAAUGAGGAAAGAGUUGAGAUAUACGAGAUUUGAUACAUUUGACGCUGUUGAAAUUCCCUACAAAGACAACAGGCACUGUAUGUUGUUAUUGAGGCCACUUGGCAGAAACAUGACGGCGGUCGGUGAGUUGAAGUCGAAACUCGAUUCACUACAGCCUCGUGAAAUCCUGGAGAGCAUGUCGACCCGGGACACAAUAGUCACCAUGCCUCCUCUCAAGCUGGAAACGACAUACAGCCUACGAGGGGCACUGUCGCGGCUAGGCAUAAGAAAACUCUUCACGGCUGGAGCUGAACUGCCUAGGUUCAGCGGUGUGGCGAUAACAGCCAGUGAUCUGUAUCACAAGGUGUUUCUGGAAGUCAACGAAAAGGGGACCGAGGCUGCAGCAGCUGGGGCGGUGAUUCUAGCAAGGUCGGCAAGUCGCGAUCAACCCGUGCUUUUCUACCUGGAUCGGCCUUUUUUCGCGAUAGUUUUCAACAAAAGAUAUAAUUGCAAUGUGUUCUCUGCCUACGUGGCUUCACCGUAAUAGUAUCUAAUAGUAUUAGAACCGGCAGAAGUUGAAAGAAACCCAGCCCUGAUAAUACAGACACAAUAAAGUGAGAUAGCAAUAUUCACAGCAGUACUUGAAUCUCAUAACGACAAUAAAUUCCACAUUACAUAGCCUCUUGGGCUGGAUCACAUCAUAUUAUCAUGUCAUCCACGUCAAUGUUGUGUCAAUGCCAUGUCAUCACACGCCGAGCGUGAAGAUCGCUCACCUUCGCGUUAUUCUUGAAUACACACUUGGGAUGGUGACGACGACAGCUGACCGCGACCGUGGGGCUGCAUCAACCUAUCCGAAUCGGGA